GGGGUGUGUCCUGGAUUGUUUUUAUCAGCAGCUGCAGUUUCAGUCGAGCCGUUUCAGGAGGGACGCGGAAGGAGGUUCGAGCAGCGCGACAGAUUCUUCUUAGCAGCACAGAGCGGAUCCAGCAGAGAUGUCAUCCAGGCCUCCAGGGAGUCCACCUCCCUAUGAAUCGGAUCACGAAUAUCCCCCUCCUUCCCAGAAGGCCUACUCCUACUACCCCGAUGAUGAGUUCCAGCAUUUCUACCGGUGGUCGUCUCCAGUGGGCAUCAUCAAAAUCAUGGCCAUCCUGGUCAUCAUCAUGUGUUUGGCCAUCUUUGCGUGUGUUGCUUCCACGCUGGCCUGGGACGUUCAGGGUGCGCUAGGUGGCUAUGGCGUUGGCGGCGGCUACGGAGCCGGUGGCUACGGAGCAGGCGGCUACGGAGCCGGCGGCUACGGAGGCGGCUACAACAGCUUCGGAGGUUCUUCGUACGGGGCUGGAAGCUACUAUGGAGCCGUUGGAGGAAACUACAAUGACCCUAGAACAGCCAAAGGCUUCAUCAUCGCCAUGGCCGGCUUUAUCUUCAUCGCCUGCCUGGUUGUCUUCAUCAUCAUCGUGUCCCACCAGAGCUUGUCCGACAGCAGGAGGUUCUACCUGGUGCUGGCCAUCGUCAGCGGCGUCCUGGCAGCGCUGAUGUUGAUUGCUGCCAUUGUGUACCUGGUAGCAGUGAACCCUAUGGGUCAGUCCAACGGGUCCAUGUACACAAUGCAGAUCCAGGGUCUGUGUGCCCAGUACCAGCAACCGCAGAAUAUGGGGAUCAUGACCAAUCAGUACCUGUAUCAUUAUUGUGUGCUGGAGCCACAGGAGGCCAUCGCUGCCGUGCUGGGCUUCCUCGUCGCCGUCGCUUUGAUUGUGAUGCUUGUGUUCGCUGUGAAGACGCGUCGGAAAAUCCAGACCUAUGGCAAGAGCAACAUCCUGUGGAAGAGGGUGAAGGUCAUGGACGACAUGGCUCCACCGCCAGAUGUGGAGGAGUGGGUGAACAACGUGGCCACUGCUCCUGAAUCGGUGCCGAUAGCCGACUACCCGGAGAAGCUGAGAGGCUCCAGGAGUUACCUGGACGACGAGGGCUCCAACUACACCAAGCCCCCGUACAGCUACACCCCACAACCUGCUGUGGAAAACCACCAGCCUCUGCAGAACGGCGUUCCCUACGGUCCUCCCUCCGACGUGUCCUCUUCCGUAGAGAAACCCAAGAAGAAGAGAGCGGGUCGGCCUCGUCGCACUGACGGAUAUGACACCGACUACAACUCCUCAGGAGACGAACUGGAUGACAAUGACUUUGACAGUGAAUUUCCUCCCAUCAAAAAUGAGCAGGAGCGCAGCGACUACAAACGGGAAUUUGACCUGACGCACCAGGAGUACAAGGACCUGCAAGCGGAGCUGGACGGCGUCAACAAGGACCUGUCCGACUUGGACAAGCAGCUGGAUGAGCUGGAGGAGGGCAGCCCCCAGUUCCUGGAUGCUUUGGAUGAGUACAACAGGUUGAAGGACCUUAAAAAGUCCGCAGACUACCAGAUGAAGAGGCGCCGGUGUAAGUACCUCAAGCCCAAACUGAACCACAUCAAGAAGAUGGUGAGCGACUUUGACCACCGGGCCUGAACGAGGACGCCCCAGGACGGGACGCGAGGGACUAAACCGGGUUUUGGAGGCGACGAGCAGAACUCUGCACUCGGUCCUGCUACAGUUGGCUUAAGCACAACUGGAGAAUGUUUAUAUUCAGGAAACUAGCUUCUGUCUUUUCUCUCAUUACCUAUUUAUUUCGCCUGAUGUGAUCUGAAUAUCAGAACCCAGCGGUUUUUAUCAAUCACCUCUUCUGUUUUAUCCUGUAAUUUUCUUUUUUUAUCACCAUGUAAAUAGGUGGGAAAUGACAUUUUGUUUUAGCUGUUUGGAGGUAAAUCUUCCGCAUUUUUCUCUGUGAAUAUUUGAGCAGAGCAACACAGAGAUGACGUGUGUUUCAUGCAGUGAUUUUGGUUGACACAUUUUAUUAUAAUAAAACCAUGAAUUCAA